UCUCUGUUUCUCUCAUCAGUUUGAUCACUCUAAUAAAGUGUUUCCGAGAUCAUCGUGACAAAGAUUUUCAUCAUGACGUCUCUCUUGUUUCUCACUCUUGCCCUCUUAUCCUUCUCUUCAACCAUAUUCUCACAACCAUGCAUGACCAACCGAUUUCCAAACCAAAAAACCUUUGCAGCUUGUGAUGAUCUUCCGGUUCUGGACUCGACCCUCCACUGGAACUACAUUCCUUCAUCGGGAAAAGUCGAAAUCGCCUAUCGAAAAUCGGGUUUGAGCGGUUCGAGAUCGUCGUGGAUCGGGUGGGCCAUAAACCCUACUUCAACAGGCAUGGUCGGUUCGCAGGCUCUGAUAGCUCUUCAACGUUCCGAUGGGAGAGUUUCGGCCUACACUUCUCCCUUAACGAGCUACGGGACUCAGCUUCAAGAGGGUAAUCUCAGUUUAUCUGUUUUUGAUAUCUCCGCCUCUUAUGAAAACGAUGAGAUGUUCAUCUUUGCGACUCUACAACUGCCUUACAAUGCCACUGUGGUAAACCAAGUUUGGCAAGAAGGAAAAGUUUCCGGGGAUGUUCCGGCGAUGCAUGAACUGUCCGGUCCUAAUCUCUGGUCGUUCGGAACCAUCGACUUUCUCUCGGGAAAAGUGGAAGAAAGCAAAAGAGAUUCUAGGGCUACAAUGAAGAAUGUUCAUGGAAUAAUCAACGCCGUCAGUUGGGGUUUCCUCAUGCCUCUUGGUGCCAUAAUAGCUAGGCAUGUUAAGGUUUUUGAAGCGGCAGAUCCGGCUUGGUUUUAUCUUCAUGUGACGUGUCAGUUUUCGGGUUAUCUCGUCGGAGUAGUCGGAUGGGGAACAGGGCUUUGGCUCGGCGCUAAAUCUGCAGGGAUUGAGUACAGUGGCCACAGAUGUAUUGGCAGAACUAUUUUUGCCCUCGCAACGAUUCAAGCAUUGGUUGGUGGUUUCUUGAGGCCUAAGAAAGAACAUGAAUACAGGGUGUUUUGGAAUGUGUUUCACUAUGCUUUUGGGUAUGCCACAAUUGGUCUUGGCGUCUUUAACGUGUACAAAGGAUUGGAUAUAUUGGAGCCAGGAAAAUUUUGGAGAGACGCUUAUACUGGGAUUAUUGUGUCGUUGGGUUGUGUUGCUGUCGUUUUGGAAGCUUUCACUUGGUAUGUCGUUUUGAGGAGGAAAAGUCAAAGCUCAGAAAAGAAUUUGGAGCAGCAAACUAGUGGAUCAACAGUUGUCUCGCCAGAGGAAUCAGUCUGA